CAGAUUAGGGUUUUGUAACUUUGGAGAGCUCAACUUCUGUUUCGUUCUUCUCCCUUCUGGUUUUCCUAAAUUAGGGUUUUGGGUUCCAUUUGUUUUGUCUUCCCCCAUUCGAUAUGUAUUCAGAUCAAGUUGUGGCUGAAACUAGAAUCAGCAAAUCGUUAAAGAACCGCCUCAAUGGCGCUUCCGGUGACGUCUCUUCUCGCGGCAAACAACAACAAGUCACGAGGAAGAGAGGAAGGCAGGAUGAUGAUAAGUGGGAGCAUGAUCUUUUCGAUGAUGACGACGAGCCUCGGCUUUCAAAACGCAGAUUUGAUCCUAAAGAUCUACGCUUGAAGCUCCAAAAGAAACAUCAUGGCUUGCAAAUUGGUGGACGAGUGUUUAGUUUGAGCGUCGGGGAUCUACGGAAUAAGCUAUCCGGGACAGUGAAUCCACAAACAAAGAACAGUAAAAGGGAGGCUGUUAGACCAGCCUUAAAGAAGGUUGCAGGGGUAACCAAAUCCGAGACUAGAACGGCUCCGAACAGAGCAAUCAAGAAGAAACCACAGCAGAAUGAUGCAUCGGUUGAUAGCUUCCUGGAAUCAUUGGGUCUCGAGAAAUAUUCGACUGCAUUUCAAGUGGAAGAAGUUGAUAUGGAUGCUCUCAGGCAUAUGACAGAUGAUGACCUCAAAGCUUUGUUCAUACCAAUGGGACCUAGGAAGAAGAUACUUCUUGCCUUGGGAUCUAAACGUGGAUAGUCCAGCUUCUCAAGCUUAGGUGCAUGAUGAUACAUCUGGGAUAUUGUCAGAAAGAUGCUGCAUUUUGACUUUUUAUUGUCUUUUUCCUUUCUCAUCUGUAUCUCAAGAGACAACAAGUAGUUAGAGUUUUGAGAUUAAACAGUUGUAACCUUUUAACAUAGACAGAGAAAGACAAGAAGAGCAAUGUUGGAAUGUGCUUAAGAUCUUGCUUCUCUUGAUGAACCUUGUAGAAAGCAAAGGUGACAAGAAAACAAACUUGUGACU